AUGCUUCGCGUGAUAGCUCCACAGAGGCCGUCCCUUCGAUUCGGUAGUAGCGCAGCCAAAAACACAUCAAUACUCCUUCGAGCGCAAUUGGAUUUGGCCGAUGUCGUACAACGAUCUAAUGAAUAUAAGGAGUCAAUCACCAAACGCCAACUACCGAAGAGUUUGAUCGAUGAUGUGGACUACAUUGUCAAAACUCGUCCCAUGCAAUCACUGACAUACACAAAGAUUAAUACAUUGAAGAGAGAAAGAGCAGAGUUGGCGGAAAAGGUCCAAAAGAAGGAGCCCAAUGUUGACGAAAUCAAACGCAGACUUGGUGAAAUUAAAAAUGAAAUCAAGCCAUUGGAAAAACUCGUGAAGGAGCUACAGGAGGAAAUAUACAGUAGAGCAGAGGCGUUGCCUAAUUUGCUUGAUCCCACUGUUCCUAAGAGUGAGACUCAGGAAGAGUUGGUGCAAUAUAUCAACACCACAUCGGAUGAAGUUAGUGGCUUUGCUGACUCUGACUCAACCAGAGACCACAAGACUAUAGGUGAACAAUUUCACUUAUUUGAUUUUGCAACCGCAUCAAAGAUUUCAGGACCUUCAUGGUAUUAUUUGUUGGGCGAUGGUGCUCUACUUGAGCAAGCGUUGGUACAGUAUGCAUUGUCUAAAGCACGUCAACAUGGCUAUACAAUGGUUAUUCCACCAUCAAUCGUAAAGUCCGAAAUUGUACGCGCAUGCGGUUUCAAACCAAAUGAUCAGAAUAACGAAAAGCAAAUUUACCAAAUUGAGGAUGAACCAAGAUCAUUGACUGGAACCGCUGAGAUUCCAUUAGGCGCACUUCAUUCAUCCACGAUUUUUCCAUCAAGUACAAAAUUUCCAAUCAAGUAUUCCGGGGUAUCGAGGUCAUAUAGAGCUGAAGCAGGUGCUAGUGGCAAAGAUACUAAAGGGUUGUAUAGAGUCCAUGAGUUUACUAAAGUUGAGCUUUUCCAUUUUACAACUUUGGAAAAAGCUAGGGAUGAGCUUGAAGAUAUUAAAAACUUUCAAGUUAAAGUUAUUGAGGAGUUGGGGUUGAAGGCUCGUUUGUUAAACAUGCCGACCUCAGAUUUAGGGUCCCCUGCUAUGAAAAAGUAUGACAUUGAGGCUUGGAUGCCUGGUAGAGGUUCAUGGGGAGAAUUGACUAGUAGUUCAAAUUGUGGGGAUUACCAGGCACGAAGACUCGGAAUUCGAUUCACUGGGAAAAGUGAUAAAGCGACACAUGUUGCAACGUUGAAUGGAACUUGUAUGGCUGUUCCUAGAGUUAUUGUUGCGCUAAUUGAGCAAAAUUACGACAAAGAGAAUGAUGUUAUACGAGUUCCGAAGGUGUUGGUGCCAUUUAUGGAUGGUAGAGACAUCAUUACUAAACCUCAAUAG